AGUGCAUUAUUUUUUCUAAUUAUUUGGAGAUUAUGUUCAGUUUUCAUUGUACAAACUUUUCAUGUUCCUGACGAAUAUUGGCAAUCUGUUGAAGUAGCUCAUAAACUUACCUUUAAUUAUGGUUAUCUAACAUGGGAGUGGACUGCAAAAAUUCGUAGCUACAUUUAUCCAUUUUUAAUAUCAAUUUUAUAUCACAUUCUUCGUUUACUGCAUAUCGAUCAUGUGACUCUUUUGAUUUAUUUACCGAGAAUUUUUCAAGCACUUCUCUCAGCUUAUUCUGAUUAUAGAUUUUACAUUUGGUCCAAAAGUAAAUGGAGUCUCUUUAGUCUUUCAAUAAAUUGGUAUUGGUAUUAUUGUUCGUCUCGAACAUUAAUAAACAGUUUUGAAACAUCAUUAACAACUAUUGCACUUUCAAUUUUUCCAUGGAGAAAUCGAGAGAAUAAUUUCUUCUUUCUGUGGAUUAUUGGUUUUUUAUUUACAAUUAGACCUACUUCUGCAAUUAUUUGGCUUCCCUUGUGUAUCUAUCAUUUUUGCACAAGAUCUAAGGACAUGUUUUUAUUAAUUAAAAAUUAUCUUCUAAUUGGAAUAACAUGCCUUUCAAUUUCCAUUCUUAUUGAUUCUUUAUGUUAUGAAAAAUUCGUGAUAACAUCUUGGGAAUUUUUCAAAAUUAACGUUAUGAACAAUAUUUCAGAGUCUUAUGGAAUUGAAAAUCCCUUUUGGUAUUUUUUAUCAGGCUUUCCAGUUAUUUUGGGUAUGGAAUAUUUCACAUUUUUCCAAUCAAUUUUGCGAAUUUUUCAACAUUGGCGACAAUUACAUCAAGAGACAAUUUUACUUAUCACUAUUUUUUGGACAAUUUUUGUAUACUCAUGUCUUGCACAUAAAGAAUUUCGUUUUAUUUUACCUCUUCUUCCAAUGGUGAUUUAUAUUAAUAAUUCAAGACAGUAUGAGAUAAAAAGAAUUUCUGAAUUUAAAAGGAAAUUUUUUGUUGGUUUAUUUAUUUUGAGUAAUUUAAUUCCAGGCCUCUAUUUCUCUCUGAUUCAUCAAAGAGGUUCAUUGAAUGCAUUGCAAUUUAUUCGUAAUGAUUUGUCAAGUGAAAAAAAUGAUAUUCUCUUUUUGACUCCAUGUCAUGCGACACCACUCUAUAGUCAUUUGCAUAAAAAUAUUUCAUUACGAUUUUUAAAAUGUGAACCAAAUUUGGAUAAUAAAAUUGGAUAUAUUGAGGAAGCUCAACAAUUUUUUGCUAAUCCUCAACUUUGGAUUGAUGAAAAUUAUGGGGAAAAAAUUGAUCUUCCCACUUAUAUUGUUGUUUAUGAUAAUUUUCAAGAGAGCCUCAAAUCUUUUUUAACAAAAUUUCAAGAAAUUUACAGAACUUUUGAUUGUCAUUUUCCACAACCUAAAUAUGGAAAUUAUUUAAUUGUUUAUAAAAAAAAUCAUCCAGGUUGAGUUUAUUAACUUUCUUAUUGAGAUGAUUGAAGAAAUUAAAGUCAAGUUUAUUUUUCCAGGUAC